CAAAGUCUGUUUUUAACAUCAACGCGGUUACUGUUUGUAGUCACUUGACGUCUGUCUCUGAGGAACAAGAUAGGAGAAGUCAGGAUAAAGAGUGAAUUGUAGAGAAUUAGAACCAAAGAUGCAUUUCAAACUACGGCCUGCAACAAAAGAAGACUGCAAAGAAAUAUCGAGAAUGAUAUUGGAAUUGGCGGUUUAUGAAAAAAUGCCCGACCAAGCGAAGAUAUCCCAUGAAGAACUGGAGCGGGACGGUUUCUGCCAGAAUCCUUUCUUUGAAUGCCUCGUUGCAGAAGUGCCUGAGGAGAAUAAAUCUAAAGAUGGUAAAGUGUCGAUCAAAGCCAUGGUUAUCUCCCCCCGUCAGCAUGCUUCAAACUUAUAGGCAUCUAGCACAGAUAAUAAAAGGAUUCACAGUAGUUGGAUACGCCCUUUACUUUUACACUUACAGUACAUGGAAGGGGCCGACAGUGUUUUUGGAGGACCUGUACGUGAUGCCAGAAUUCAGAGGAAAUGGAUUUGGAAAGGGUUUACUUUGCAAAGUCGCUAAGGUGGGGAAGGAGAAGCAGUGUGUGCGGCUGCAGUUAUCAGUGCUGGACUGGAAUACCCCGUCCAGAGACUUCUACGCUGCUCAAGGCGCUCAGGACCUCACAGACAGCGAAGGAUGGCACUUUAUACGCUUUGACGGACAAAAGCUGGACAAUUUAGCCAAUGAGGCUCCAAAAGAUUAAAUGUCUGCCGAGGAAAAAAUUGAUCUUGUUCUGAAAACAUUUCACUUUCAAACAGUGCCAAAUUAAGCUUCACUAAACCUGGAACCCCACCACCUUGUUUUCUCCUGGUUUAACAAUCAUGAAAACAAAUCUUGUUUCUUAUUUACACAACCUACAUGAAAUCUAUAUAAUUGUAAAACUCAUUAUUUUAUUAAAGUUCCUUUGCAUUCAUGGAUAAUCUUUGUCUCCUUUCAGUGAAGAUUGCUGAUUUUGUGUGCAUUUACAUUAUACUAUCAGGGUUCUUACGGUCAUUAAAAAAACCUGGAAAAGUCAUGGACAUUCAAAAUGCUAAUUCCAG